AUGUCGAGAAUGGAGCAAGGCGCAAGCACUACUGACAGCUACAUCGCCUCGAAAACGACGAAAUGGCUAUUUGUCAAGCUUGCGAAGAUCCUCUGGUGUUCCAAAUUGCUGAAGAGGACGAUGGCAACGAACAAACCGUCCCGGACGAUCUUGAAUUGCAAUGUGGCUGUCAUUUCCACUGGGGCAUCAGUCUUUGCCAGAUACACCAACGAGGGUGGCUUGCAACCCAACUUGGACAUCCUCCCUGCGAUCACAGAAGAGGCGUACCUGCUUAACCAACCCGAAGCUCGGCCUGCCAGGGCGUUCCAGGUCAUGUGCGCUGAGGGUGAUAUUGAAGGCAUGGUCGAGCUCCUCGCUGCACUUGAUGAGGACGAGGACGAAAUUGCGAGUGCAACGUCGAUCCUUCAAUAUCAAGACCCUCUAUCGGGGCAAAAGAGCAGCCUUCACAUCGCGGUGGAAAACGCCCAGGUCGACGUUGCCAUGCUACUCUUGUGGCUCUCCUCCACAGCACCCCCUGAAGCGUUCCCAGACGUUGCCCGUCAAACGGCUGAAAGGUUUGGAUUGAGCCGACUGACUGCGCAGACUGGCGACAUUCGGCUGUUGCAUGACAGCAACGGCCUUACGGCGGAACAGUACGCGCAACGGACGUCUGGACCCCUCGCCCCUUUACUCGUGUCAGGAUUGCUGAGUCCAGGAGCGUAA